AUGUCGGCCAUAUUGGCGAGGCACCGACUACAAUUCCUGAUGCGCUACAAGGCCAUAUCGUCUAAAUGGCGAAGAGCCAUCAUGUUUAUAGUCGCCGUCUGCGCCUCCAUGUCAUUCUUGAUGCUCACACUGAAACAAAUCAGCCGGACAUGCUACGGUAGCUCUUGUGGUUUCCUGGGUCUGGGAGAAGUGCUGAGCGUGUUCAAACACGACCCAGCAAGAUGCGGCCUGGGAAGCAACAUCACCAGCAGCGCUGCAGCGGGAUCCAGAUUGCCUCUCUACAGAGACGAAGCGUGCCGAGGCUUUCCGGAUGCCUCGAAUGUCUUGCUACUCGUCAAAACCGGCGCCUCUGAGGCCUAUUCCAAGCUUCCGGUCCAUCUCCUGACAAUGCUCAAGUGUCUCGCCGGAAAUUUUCUCCUAUUCAGCGACAUGGCGGAAGACAUUGCCGGCUACACGGUUCACGACAGUCUGGAAACUGUGCUGUCGACGGUCAAGGAUACCAAUGGGGACUUUGACAUCUAUCAUCGGCAAAACGGCUGCCCCAUUGCACACGAGCAAUGCAACGACGGCUACGACGUGGGCUACGAGGGGUGGAAUCUGGACAAGUACAAGAACGUCCACAUCGCAGAGAGGGCGUACGCGAUGCGGCCAAACUAUGACUGGUACUUUUUCAUCGACACCGACACGUACGUCAGCUUUCCGACCUUGAUGGAGUGGUUGCCCGUCGUCGACCCCAACAAGCUGCAUUACAUUGGCCACAAGAAGUACUCGGGGACCUUUCCGUUCGCGCACGGCGGCAGCGGAUAUCUCAUGUCCAAAGCAACCAUGAGGCACCUGUUCCUCGGCAAGACGGGCGUGGGAAACAAGUAUGACGAGCCCACCGAGCGCAGCUGCUGCGGCGACAUUAUGUGGAGCGAGAUUGUGCUCAACGAGACCGGCCUCACUCCCGAGAACAUGUGGCCCGUCAUCAACGAGUUCAAACCACGUACGUUUAGCUACUACGACGGCCAAUGGUGCCAGCCUCUCAUUACAUUGCAUCAUGUCAACGGGGAGGAAAUCAACGACCUGUACGCUUUUGAGAGGAAGCAACAGUUUGCGAAAAGCAUCACGAUCAAGGACGUGUACGACCGGUUCGUGGCCAACCAUCUGCGUGAAUCACGUUCAGACUGGGACAAUGGGAGCGAAGACGUCUACUACCUGGAUCGCGAGGCUAAAUCAUACGGAGAGUCGGAGCUGGACAAGGCCAAGACGGGCGACUUGUCUGCACAAGAGCGCGAGGCGCACAAGAGCUCUGCAGGCUGCAAGGAAGCCUGUUACUCCCAAGAGGACUGCUUUCAGUGGAGACAUCGGGAUGGCAUCUGCGGCUUGGCAUAUGGCAAGAUACGGCUCGGAGAUGCUGUCAAGGGGGACGGCGAUGAAGUGACACGAUCGUCUAGUGGAUGGCACAUGGAGAGGAUCAACAAGUGGGUUGAUGAGCAAGGCAGUUGCCAUGAAACGUACGAAUGGCCGGUGAUGGAUGAGCCACGGAAUGGGUAUUCGAGGGCAUGA